AGUCAUUAAUCCUAAGCGUGCGAUACAUGCUCCAGCUGAUCGGUCACAGUUGCUUGCAUCACUCUUUGCUUAUUUUUUAAAUCACUAUACUUAUUGACGAGUGAUACAUUAUCUAAGGUGAAAAUGCCAUUUCCGGAUACCAACGGUUACGAUAAUCUUCCGAUCAUCAAACGAUUGACCAAUAACGACGUGCAGCAAACGAACGUGAAGCAUGCGCGACACACGUAUACCUUUGAAAUAUUGCAAGAAUCAGCGCAAUAUUUAUUGGAUCGCAUCAAGAUCAGACCAAAAAUAGGAAUUAUCUGCGGGUCAGGAAUGGGAUCAUAUGUGCAAAACGAGUUGUGUCCAGGUUUGAUAGCGGAAUCACUCGUGGACAAGCAAUGCUUUCCCUAUGAAGAAAUUCCACACUUCCCGGUAUCUACGGUCAAGGGACACACCGGCCAGAUGGUCUUUGGGUAUCUUCGGGGUGUACCGGUCAUGUGUAUGCAGGGCAGGUUUCAUUAUUACGAAGGCUAUCCACUCUGGAAGUGCGCCAUGCCAGUGAGGGUAAUGAAGCUGGUAGGUGUGACACAUUUAAUCGCCACUAACGCAGCCGGUGGUUUAAAUCCCACUUACAAUGUUGGUGAUAUCAUGAUAGUGAAGGAUCAUGUGAAUAUGAUGGGUUUUGCUGGAAACAACCCUCUUCAAGGACCGAAUGACGACAGAUUUGGCCCCCGAUUUCCGCCGAUGAAUAAAGCCUACAAUGACACGCUGAUAGAGAUCGGUAGCCAAGUAGCCGAAGAGAUGGGUAUCAGCAAUACUGUGCACAAGGGGGUUUACACGUGUUUAGGUGGUCCUAAUUUCGAGACGGUGGCGGAAUUAAAGAUGCUGAGGAUGAUCGGUGUUGAUGCAGUUGGAAUGUCCACGGUUCAUGAGGUUAUCACUGCACGGCAUUGCGAUCUGACUGUAUUUGCGUUCAGUUUAAUUACUAAUCAGUGUGUUACCGAUUACGAAAAUCACGGCGAGGCGAAUCAUGAGGAAGUAAUGGACGUCGGCAAGUCGCGACAGCCAAUUCUUCAAGAAUUCGUAUCCAGGAUCGUGAUACGUCUUAGAAAUAUCUUAGAACCGAUACCAAAAUGAUUCGAUUGAGAAUCAUUCCUAAGAGUUAAUUAGAACACAUAAUUGACUUAUUCUAUAAGGAAUUCUUUUAAAUUAUUGAUUCAUUCGUUUUUGUAUUUCGACGAAAAGUUUCAUUUAUUAGGGAUUAAAAAAUAUUGAUAACGUAAAAAAGUAAUA